GAGGUUCUUCUGAAGCUGGGGAGGCUGGCAUUUGAUCACCUGGAGAAAGGAAACAUCAUGUUCUACCAAGAAGACCUGGAGCAGUGUGGUCUGGAUGUCACAGAGGCCUCAGUUUACUCUGGAGUUUGUACUGAGAUCUUCAGAAGAGAGUGUGAGAUCUUCCAGAAACCGGUCUACAGCUUUGUUCAUCUCAGUGUUCAAGAGUUUCUGGCUGCAGUCUACAUGUUCCACUGUUACUCCAAAUGGAAGGUCAUUGAAGACUUCCUUAAGAACAACAUGAAGAACCCAUCCCUGGAUGAGUUUUUGAGUAGAGUCAUGAAGAAAUCCCUGCAGAGUCAAACAGGACACCUGGACCUGCUUGUUCGCUUCCUUCAUGGUCUCUCUGUGGAGUCCAACCAGAGACUCUUAGGAGAUCUGCUGGGUCAGAGGAAGAAUAAUCCAGGAACCAUCCAGAGAGCCAUCAACAACCUGAAGAAGAUCAACAGUAAAGGAGUCUCUCCUGACAGAAGCAUCAACAUCUAUCACUGUCUAAUGGAGAUGAAGGACCUCUCAGUUCAUCAGGAGAUCCAAGAGUUCCUGAAGUCAGAAAACAAGUCAAAGAAGGAACUCUCAGAGAUCCACUGCUCAGCUCUGGCCUACAGUCUGCAGAUGUCAGAAGAGGUUCUGGAUGAACUGGACCUGGACCAGUAUAAGAACAACACAUCAGCUGAGGGUAUACGGAGACUGAUCCCAGCUGUGAGGAACUGCAGAAAGUUCAGACUUCCAUUCCGAUGUGAACUCUCAGAGACUGACUAUGAAAUUGUGGCCUCAGCUCUGAAGUCCAACCCGUCCCACCUGAUGGAACUGGACCUGACCUUAAAUGACAUCCAGGAUUCAUCCAUGGAGGUUCUGUGUUCUGGACUGAAGAGUCCAAACUGCAGACUGCAGACUCUGAGGUCAGAACAUUGAA